AUGCUGAUAGGUCAUCCGAAUGAAGAUCCGAUAAAACAAGAAUUAGUUCAAUUAACUGAAUCACAUACAAAAUUUGAACAAGAAUCAAAAAUUAAAUUAGAAAAAGCGUUGAUUGAUUGUGCAGAUACGAAUAGUCGAAGUAAAUCUCUUGAAUGUUCAUUACAAAUAGCACAAGAUGAAUUAAAACGUUUUAAUGAACAAAAUGAACAACAGAAAGAAGAUAUUCAACAACUUGUACAAUCAGUUGAUCAACAACGUUCGUUGAUUUCAGAUAUAGAAAUACAAUUACGAGAUUCUCAAACAAGAUGUACAGAUAUAGAAAUUGAAAAACAACGAAUACAAAAUGAUUUU